AUGCUCACAGCUAUGCCCCCGUACCAUAUGAAUUCUCAACAAUCUAUCCUCCUCAUGGCUCUCUGCGCAAUCACGCUGUGUUCAGCGCACAUCGGGGGUGGACAGGUGUCAUUCCAAGAUGCCAACCCUCAAGUGUACUGCGGCAGAUCGUUGGCCAGAGCUCUGGCCUUCUUGUGUUUCGAAGAAUCUGGCUCGGAGAGUAAGCGGUCGGAAUCGGGUUCAAUGUAUAAUGCUAUCCUGUCCCCUUACUACAAGGAACAGGAAGGGCAAUAUGGCUGGCCCUGGAUGGCCCCUCACAAGGCUAGGGGCAUGUCCUUGCCCUCAAGAGGAAAGAGGUUUGUCGUCAACGAGUGCUGUGACAAGGCAUGCAGCCUCAGCGAACUACUCUCUUAUUGCUAGAUAACUUUGUUAUACUGUGUUGCUAGCUAAAUAUUUAAAUUCGACCGA